CCGCAUCUGGUGAUAUGUAUAACGCUAAGACUAAGUCGAAGUCUAAAUCCAAGACUUCCUCCCCUCAGUCGCAGUUCAAAUCUGUCCUUGACAAGAUUAACCAUUUGGAAUCGCUGAUCAAAGACAGCGCAAAUCCUUCCCAACCGCAAACCACCAGGCGUACCCUACCACCCUCCCGUGACCGGUGUCUCAUCAUUAUGAAUGCGCCUGAAUCGACCAAAGAUGCCCCAGCCGGAAGGAUGUUAGACGACCAAGUGUUCCUAGAACGACUUAUCUCUGUGUUAUUCGACGAAGGCGAACAGGGAAUCAACAUUAUCUCGGCUUUCCGCUUAGGUAAGAAACAAGAAGAUUCCCUCAAGCCUCGCCCCCUAAAGGUUGUGUUCCAAAACGAGGAAGAAUGUCGACGCAUUCUCCUACGGACCUCACGGCUCAAAGGCAAGCCGUUUUAUGUGUUGAGAGAUCUCUCCCCGGAAGAUCGGAUCAAAAUGAAAAAAGCCGUUGAUGAGCUGAGGACCCGUCGGGCGAAUGGUGAAACGGACCUUCAUAUCGUGGAUUUUCGCGUAGUUCGGAAAACUCCAAGAACCCGUUGGAGGCCGAUUUUUCUCAUCCUAGGACAGUAACGCAAAAGAACGGACUGCGUGUGCUGUUCGCUAAUGUUCGUAGUCUGCGAAAUAAACUUGAUGAGAUCCAGACGCUUGCCGCAGAUGUUUGUCCUGAUUUAAUGGCCUUCACUGAAACAUGGUUAUUCCCUGACAUCAUUGACUCUGAAGUAUCUAUCCCUGGAUACCACCUUUCUCGGGCCGAUCGUCAUGGGAGGAAGUCGGGAGGCGGCGUAAUACUAUACUGGAGAGCGGAUCUGAAGUCCCAUCUAGUUGAGGUCUCAUGUGACAAUGACAGCGAUUUUGAUGCCCUUUGGUGUCGCAUUCAUGAC